AUGACAUUUGAGGAAAUAAGUGGCGAUUACUCUCAUGAAAGAAUGGAUUCGGUAGCGAAAGCUUUAGAAGAGGUGCUGACCAAAGCUUUACCGCAGGGCUGCAUUACUGUGGGUGUCUAUGAGGCAGCUAAGUCCCUCAAUGUGGACCCCGACAAUGUAGUCUUGUGCAUCUUGGCGGCCGAUGACGAAGACGUGAAAGAUGUGGCCCUGCAGAUCCACUUCACGCUCAUCCAGGCUUUCUGCUGCGAGAAUGACAUCAACAUCCUAAGAGUGAACAACACCCGGCGCCUGGCUCAAGUUCUGGCAGCGGGAGGAGCAGGCGGGGGCAAGCAGAGCGGGGGCGAGCCCGUCGACCUGCACUGUGUGCUUGUCACUAGCCCUGACUCUUCUUCCUGGAAGGACCCCGCGUUGAGUAAAGUCAACCACUUCUGCAGGGAGAGCCGGUGUAUGGACCAGUGGGUCCCCAUCAUCAAUCUGCCGGAGCGGUGA